ACUAUAUAAAAUAUGAUUAAAAAUAUAAAAAAAAAAAAAUAUGGUAAAAUAACAUUUAUUUUAUUAUCUUAACCUGAAUAAAGUAAAAUAAACAUACCCUAUGAAUACCAUGCAAGUACCACUUGAUAUCAAAUAAUACAAGCAUUUUUUAGAUAAUGUACGACUAAUUUUCUCGAUAUGGCACCGCUCACAGAUUUAUUGUCCUGUAGUAUAAUCGAAAAAGAUCACAACGGGGAUAUACUUUGGACAUGGUCAUAUCCUACAGUCUCAGAAUCACAAAAAAUCAUUGUCAAAAGAAAAUGUAAUUUAGGACUUGAGCAUAAUUCUCCGCAAACUUUUAUUUGCGCGAGACAUGGUCAAACUUGGUUUUAUUUACACUGUAGUGAAGUAUUUGAUUCUGACAGAUUGCCCAAGGUCAAACAAUUUGCAUUAGUUUUAUUUGCAAAAGAUUUUAAUCCACAAAAGUAUGAAGUACUGUCACGUGUCUUUAGUAAAAUGUAUUGCAAGACAGGAAAACCAACAGAGAUUUUACAAUUAUACCUUUCCGUCUUUACAAAGGGAUCAUGUUCGACCCAAGAAAAUGGAACAUUUGUGUCUGAUGAUUUUAGCAGUCGUACAAUAAUUAAUACAAAUGUUAGAGAGUUAAUAAAAACAUUUGAAUUAGAAUCGAUUUUAAUAUAUACUGCUCUCUUGUUAAAAAAAAGAAUAGUAAUAUAUCAUCAUAGCUUAGAACAAUUACUUAAAUGGAUGAAAACUUUUCCUGCUUUAAUGAAACAUCGCAAAGUUGAGGAAAAUUUAUAUCCAUGGAUAGAGUUGGUAAAUGACGAGCUACUUGACUUGAAGAAACAAUCAUACUAUGUAGCAGGAUGUAGAAACAGUGCAAUUUCUUCAAGGACAGAUCUAUAUGAUUUAUUAGUUAAUAUACCUGCUAGAGAAAUCACUGUUGCUCCACAUGCAAAAGAGAGUUUCACUAUGACAAAAACGCAUAAGGAAAUAGCAUUGUUUAUGGUACAACUAUGCGAAAAUCAAAGCAAUACAGAAUUACAAAUAAUAUCCGAGAUUAAUGAAAAAACAAAAGAUUUAUUAAAUCAAUUAACAUCUUUGGCUACCACCGAAACGUCGGAUGGAAAAAAAAUGGUGUCGAUUCAGGCAUUCAAAGAAAAAGACUUACCACAAGCCGUCGAAAGUUUUUUAAUUAAUUUAGCUAUAGCUGAAAAUUUAUUCAUAUUGUAAUAUAUUUUUUGAAUUUGAGUUAUGCAAAACCAUUACGCAAUUUUCCAAAUAAAAUGAAAAUCUUUAUGUAGGUAUUAAAUCAAAUAAAUUGUUACAACUGACAUAUAAUAUA